GCAUGGCCAGCGGCACGGCCAAGCCCAUGCCAGCCCUCCACUCAGGAAGCGUCCUCCCCAAUGUGCUCACCAUGCUGCUGCUCCUCUCCAUCGGCUUCGUCCUCGGCAUGGUGUGCACCGCCAGCUUCCACGAUUCCUACCUCCUUCCUUUCCUGCAGCCGUUGCCAUCUCUCCUACGGUCGCGGUCACCGCUGCCCCCGCACGCGCCCGCGCCGUCGCCGGUGACAGAGUUACCCUCACAGUCGCCCUCGCCAUCACCGGACACAGCGUGCGUCGUCGGCCCACCGUUGCCCUCUCCUCCCUCGCAGCAGCCGACGCCGUCCCCGCCGGCGAGCUUGGGGUUCGCGGACUUCCUCGCGCCGAGCGGCGGUCUCAUGCACAACAUGACCGACGAGGAGCUGUUCUGGAGGGCGUCCAUGGUGCCCAGGGUCGCCCGCGUGCCGUGGCGCAUCGUGCCCAAGGUGGCAUUCCUGUUCCUCGUGAGGGGGGACCUGCCGCUGCGGCCGUUGUGGGAGAAGUUCUUCGCCGGACACGAAGGGCUCUACUCCAUCUACGUGCACGCGAGCCCCGCCUACACCGGCUCGCCGCCGGCAGACUCCGUCUUCUACGGCCGCAUGAUCCCAAGCCAGAACACCAGCUGGGGCGACAUGAACCUCGUGCACGCGGAGCGGCGACUGGUGGCAACGGCGCUGCUGGACCUCGGCAACGCGCGGUUCGCGUUGCUGUCGGAGACGUGCAUUCCUCUCCUCUCCUUCCCGGCCGCCUACGCCUUCCUCACUGGCUCCAACGCCAGCUUCAUCGACAGCUUCCCCACCCGCGCGCGGCACGUCCCAUUCUUCACCGAACGCAACGUCAGCCUCGCGCAGUGGCGCAAGGGGUCGCAAUGGUUCGAGAUGGACCGGCCGAUCGCCGUGGAGCUCGUCGCCGAGGAGCGUUACAUGGCCGUGUUCCGCGGCGACCACGGAAUCGGCAACAUGGAGGAGCACUACCUGCCGACACUGGUAACCCUGCUGGGCUGGGGUGCGCGCGCCGCCAACCGGACCCUCACGUACGUCGCCUGGCCGAGACCGGGCCCGCACCCGGCAACCUACGGCGUGAGGGACGUCACGGCGGAGCUGCUGGAGGGGAUGAGGCGAGGGAACGGGGAGUGCGGCUACGGCCGUGCCGGCGGGGCGGUUGAGUUCUGCUUCAUGUUCUCGCGCAAGUUCUCCCGGGACGCGCUCGGCAAGCUGCUUGAGCUCGCUCCUAAGGUCAUGGGGUUCGGCUGAAAUUUUGUAUAUCUACUAGCAGCUCGUGCGUUGCAACGGAAGAAAAAUUGGACAUGUGCUCAGAAUUUAGUUAAAAUUCUAUGUGCAAACAUAGUUGUUUCUUCACUACCAAGAAAAUGUUAAUUGUCUCGUCCAUUAUUUACAAGCGUGCUAUCCAUUGCAAA